CCGCUCCGGGCCGCCUCUCGCUGCCGCGAGUAGGAAGCGCGAGCGCCGGGCGCCGGGCUGUCAGUGAGCGUGGGGCCAGCCAGCGAGCUAGAGAGCCGGAGAGAGCCAGAGAGAGAGCGAGCGGCGAGCGAGAGCGCGGCUCGGCUCCCGGCUCCGAGCAGCGCAGCGCCGAUCCGGCUCUCCCCGGCCAGCGCCGGCGCCACCGCACCUCUGCACCGCCACCUCGGCCGCCGCCCCCGCCCACCCCGGGCCCUCCCCGGCUGCUGCUCCCCGGCGGAGGCAAGAGGUGGUUGGGGGGGACCAUGGCUGACGUUUACCCGGCCAACGACUCCACGGCGUCUCAGGACGUGGCCAACCGCUUCGCCCGCAAAGGGGCGCUGAGGCAGAAGAACGUGCACGAGGUGAAGGACCACAAAUUCAUCGCCCGCUUCUUCAAGCAGCCCACCUUCUGCAGCCACUGCACCGACUUCAUCUGGGGGUUUGGGAAACAAGGCUUCCAGUGCCAAGUUUGCUGUUUUGUGGUUCACAAGAGGUGCCAUGAGUUUGUUACUUUCUCUUGUCCGGGUGCAGACAAGGGGCCUGACACUGACGACCCCAGGAGCAAGCACAAGUUCAAGAUCCACACUUAUGGAAGCCCUACCUUCUGUGACCACUGUGGGUCCCUGCUCUAUGGACUUAUCCACCAAGGGAUGAAAUGUGACACCUGCGACAUGAAUGUUCACAAGCAGUGCGUUAUCAAUGUCCCCAGCCUCUGCGGGAUGGAUCACACAGAGAAGAGGGGGCGGAUUUAUCUGAAGGCCGAGGUCACCGAUGAAAAGCUCCAUGUCACGGUACGAGAUGCAAAGAAUCUAAUCCCUAUGGAUCCCAAUGGGCUCUCGGACCCUUAUGUGAAGCUGAAGCUUAUUCCUGACCCCAAGAAUGAAAGCAAGCAGAAGACCAAAACCAUCCGCUCCACACUGAACCCUCAGUGGAACGAGUCCUUCACGUUCAAAUUAAAACCUUCAGACAAAGACCGACGACUGUCUGUAGAAAUCUGGGACUGGGAUCGAACGACACGGAAUGACUUCAUGGGCUCCCUUUCCUUUGGUGUCUCAGAGCUGAUGAAGAUGCCAGCCAGUGGAUGGUACAAGUUGCUCAACCAAGAAGAGGGCGAAUACUACAAUGUGCCCAUUCCAGAAGGUGAUGAAGAAGGGAACGUGGAGCUCAGGCAGAAGUUUGAGAAAGCCAAGCUCGGCCCUGCUGGUAACAAAGUCAUCAGCCCUUCAGAAGACAGGAAGCAACCAUCCAACAACCUUGACAGAGUGAAACUCACAGACUUCAAUUUCCUCAUGGUGCUGGGGAAGGGGAGUUUUGGAAAGGUGAUGCUCGCUGACAGGAAGGGGACGGAGGAACUGUACGCCAUCAAAAUCCUGAAGAAGGACGUGGUGAUCCAGGAUGACGACGUGGAGUGCACCAUGGUGGAGAAGCGGGUUCUGGCCCUGCUCGACAAGCCGCCGUUCCUGACCCAGCUGCACUCCUGCUUCCAGACAGUGGACCGGCUGUACUUUGUCAUGGAAUACGUCAACGGGGGCGACCUCAUGUACCACAUUCAGCAAGUAGGAAAAUUUAAGGAGCCGCAAGCAGUAUUCUACGCAGCGGAGAUCUCCAUCGGGCUGUUCUUUCUUCAUAAAAGAGGAAUCAUUUACAGGGAUUUGAAGCUGGACAACGUCAUGCUGGAUUCAGAAGGACAUAUCAAAAUCGCCGAUUUUGGGAUGUGCAAGGAGCACAUGAUGGACGGCGUCACAACAAGGACCUUCUGUGGGACUCCCGAUUACAUCGCCCCCGAGAUCAUCGCUUACCAGCCGUACGGAAAGUCUGUGGACUGGUGGGCGUACGGCGUGCUGCUGUAUGAGAUGCUCGCCGGGCAGCCGCCAUUUGAUGGUGAAGAUGAGGAUGAACUGUUUCAGUCUAUAAUGGAGCACAAUGUAUCCUACCCCAAAUCCUUGUCCAAGGAAGCUGUCUCCAUCUGCAAAGGACUUAUGACCAAACACCCUGCCAAGCGGCUGGGCUGCGGGCCCGAGGGAGAGAGGGAUGUCAGAGAACAUGCCUUCUUCAGGAGGAUCGACUGGGAGAAACUGGAGAACAGGGAGAUCCAACCGCCAUUCAAGCCCAAAGUGUGCGGCAAAGGAGCAGAAAACUUUGACAAGUUCUUCACACGAGGGCAGCCCGUGUUAACGCCUCCAGACCAGCUGGUCAUCGCUAACAUAGACCAGUCUGAUUUUGAAGGGUUCUCGUAUGUCAACCCCCAGUUUGUGCAUCCGAUCUUACAAAGUGCAGUAUGAGACAAACAACAACAACAACAACGAAGAGAGAUAAAAUGCCUCCCCAGCCCCCAGCCUCCUCCCCGCCCCGCCCCGCCCCACCCCCGCAUUGGGAAAUGAUCCUUAACCUUAAAAUUUUAAGGCUAUGGCCUUGUAUUUUGUUCCACACAGAGACCUGAAAAGUCUAGGGACAUUAGUCCUUAAGUGAUUAACUUUUCAGGGUCUCUCUCUCUCUCUCUCUCUCUCUCUCUCUCUCUCUCGCUCUGUACAGUUUACUUAUUUGGAAGUCACAUUUGACUACAAGUUAAUUCUUCCUAGAAAAAAAAAAAGAUACUUAUCUCCCCCCCCCCUUUUUGGUACGAUUUGAUAUAAUCUGCAUACCCUCCAUCUCUGGAUUUUUACUAUCAGGAUCCCUCAACCAAAGAUAGUAAAGUGAUUCCAACUCCAACUCAAGGGACAGAAACAUUUCCACCCAAGAUGUCUUUGGAACAACAACAAAAAAAAAAAAAAAAAUAGGAAGCCCAAAGAGUAGGCAAAGACAGGUUGGAGGCUAGUAUUUUCAAGCCCCCAUUACUUCUAUUCUCUACUUCGAUGGAAACAGUCCCUGGAAUUUGAGAGGGCAGGAUGAACCCAAUCACUGUUCCCAAAUGUCAUAGCACAACCCUAGUGCAGCAGUUUGAGAGUGAAAGAAAACUUCAGACAGUUAUUCAAUUGAAAACUUCAGAUGAUUGAAUCUAUCAUCUGCGUUUCCCUACUUGGUUGAUAACUAUCUUGAUAACUCAUUCUUUUUAAGAGGCCAAAUCAUCUAAGGACUUUGCUGAACAAGCGUGUGAAAUCAUUUCAGAUCAAGGAUAAACCAUGUGUAUGUUCAUUUUAAUCUCUGGGAGAUGACUCUUCAGUCCAGGGUGCCAUCAGUAACCAUGCCACUACUCACGAGUGUUGUUAGCCAACCCCUCCACGCACACAAGAAUGUUUUGCUACCUUUGUGGGUACCCUUUCUAAGAAGCUGAAGCGUAUGCCCCCAACCCCUUUUGUACUAUUUAUUUAAUAAGCUGCAGUGUCGUUUAUGAAAGUACAUUGUAUAGUAACUUAAUCAAAGUAUUGACAAGCAUCAGUUCCUAUUGAUUGAUUUUCCCUCUUUCUCUAGCCCUAACAUCUACAUAGAGAUGAAAAAUGGUAUAGUUUGGGUUCCCCUUUCCAGUUCUAACUGAAUGACACACCUGGAGCUGUAGGAUCAAGAUACUUUCUGCUUAUAUCAGCUCAAAGAUGUUUUCUUGCUAGAAGGAUUUUAAUAUGUUUUGCGAGUGCAUCAUGCAAUGGAUUUUGCAUGUUUAUAAUAAAACUUAAUAACAAGUUAAUCUAUAUUAUUGAUAUAAUUGUAUCAAGUAUAAAGAGUAUUAUGAUAAUUUUUAUAAGACAAAAUUGUGCUAUAUUUGUGAAGGCUCAUGUUUCCAGUCUGCUUUAAGAUUAAGUGUUAGCUUUAUUCAUUGCUGCUGUGCUCUCUCUUACCCACUACCCCACACACUGGCACUCUAUCAGAUAUAUUAAUUUUUUAAUGUAGAUGUAAUUUUAAAAACGGAUGGCUACUUUACAUGUUUAACUGGGCUUUUACUAUAUAUGUGUAUAUAUGUAUAUAUCUAUAUAUAUAUUUGAUUCUACCUGCAAACCCCGGUUUUGUUUGUGGGGAUUAUUUUUGAGAUGAGACUCUCUUAAUUUCUUCAUGUUAUCCUCUGUUCAGGUUCCUCUACCACUCCUCCUCUUUGGGGCAGCUGGAAAUGUUUAAUUCCAGUGUUCCUGAUAUGUAUCCAUGUGGCAUUGUUACAGCACCCAGGCUGAACUGUGUGUCUGUCUGUCUGUCUGUCUGUCUGUCUGUCUGAGUCUUUUCAGCCUAUGUCUUUUGGGAACUCUAGGGACAAAAGGGUGGAAGGAUUCCUUUCUGUAAUGUGCAUAUGGACACACCACAAGUAUGUUGUCUGUCUUCCUGCCACAGAAUAAUUCACUGUGUACCCCAAAACACACCGAUUCCUUGAAACAAACUUUACCCCAUGCCUGUGUGUAGCCUGAAGCUGUUACCAACAGACUCUUUUCAGAGGCACAUACUGUCUUAAAGUUGUGGCCUUUGAAGAGCACAUCUUUGGCAAAACAGCUCCCGGUACAAGGUGUUCAGAAGAGGCGGGCUUCUGCAGCAUGAUGAACGUGAAAAUAAAGAGUGAAGAUGGAAGCUCCCACCAGUCCCUGCGGAAGGCAUCUCUCCAGGAAGCGUCACCCAGCUAAACUCUUCUCUCUCUGCCUGUCUGUUCGACAGUCACGCAGUGUGCAGCCCACCAAGGGUCUUUGAGAUAAGGAUCAUAGGCUGUUCUUAAAUCCCCUAAUCGGAAAGAGAUGUGGAGUGGAGGAUGGGCCAGGCCAGAAAAGAGCAUUUUCUUCUGCAGCGUUUCAUGAAUUCUGGAUUUUAGAACUCAAAAAAAGGGGGAGGAGGGUCAGGGGAUUUCAGGUGUUGAUCUUAGAAACCCAGCUCAUCAUCCUGGUGAUCCAGCCCUAUCAAAAACACUAUCCUUGGUCCAACAGGAGAGGAGCUGGCUUCUAGGUGGGCCUUGGGAAUGAAAGCAUUGUUCUUUCCCAGCCGGAACAGCAACAGGUCUGACCCCCAGCUGGACCUCUCAAGGUGCAGGAAGUCACGGAGAAGGAAUGCAAGGGUCGUGGACAAUCUGUCCCAAGGUGCCAAGCUGCCUGAUUGAAGCAAGUCGCAGGCCCGGGUUCUCCCUUAAGCCGCCGACAGCCGGCUCCAAAUGCCUCAGCUUCUCCAGAAACCAUGCGCAAUCCCUUGGAUGGCUUGUUUUCGUAAAGAACAUUAAAACAACAAUCUCAAAAAGGAGGGAAAAAAUUACGGAAGCACAGAGCUAGCAUUUGCCUAAGGAACAGAAAACUGGAGGACAAACUUAGGAGAAAUGAGAAAAGUUUAAGAAAGUACCCAUGAUGCAGCCUAUUUUAUACACUGCUGAGUGUUAAAUUUAGAUAAAGGCUAAUACUCUAAAGAUCGGGGCAGCCCGAGACAGUUAUUGCUGCAAAACUAAGUCAUGUGGAUAACCAUUACCAGCUGCUAGGCAGGAUCAGUUGAUAACAGUCUACACCAUCGCCCCCUUCAUAGGCCCUGUGUGGAAGGAGGCUACAGGGAAACGGCUGGUUUUUGAACUGAAGUGUCUGUGUAGGAGGCGGGAAUCAGGAGCAUGGCUGGAAAGGUUUAGUCCCUGGGUUGGGGAGUCAGGAAACACUGCUCUCGGACGCUGCCUGCAUUGGCAGGAUCUGUGGAGGAGAACCUAGCUCAAUCCGAGUCUCCACAGGACCCAUCAGGCUGUGUGACCCAGAAAAGCCAUUGAAAUGGUCUUGUAUUAUAUUCCCCUGGAAGGUGGCCUUUGCUCAGCGGCUGCUCUCCCCUCUUCCACCACAGGCCAGCGGGCUGCUGGCUCUGCCUUUGGCAUGGCAUCUAAAGUUACCCGGUGCUUGGGUUGAAUGGAAAGAGCUGGAAUAGGCUGCCAGGUGCAGCCCUGGGAGUUAAUAGGCAGCUCACCUCCAGGCAGGAGCUAAUUCAGGCACUGGACAAGAAGCCCCAGGAACUAAAAUGACUGCCCUUCACCACAUCACCCCCCCCAACCAUCUCUGUGGCCUAGUUUGAGCUCGUAGCCUUUUCUUUAAUUAGUCUUUCUAUCAGUAAUUUGAGAAACUCAGGAGGCCAGGAGUUUUCUGGACGCUUGGCCUGAGAUGGUCACGUGAAAGAUUACCAGGCCAGUAUUAACCCUCAAGUGUUGCCGCUCGAGAGCUACAGUUCUUAAAAGCGUGGUGGCUUGCCAAGCCCCAAAGAGCCACCCAUUGAUGUAUCGCACAGAGGAGAAAGCUGAAAUGAACGCCAUAUGAGAAGAGCAGAGUUCGAGCGUACCCAGAAAGACGUGGAAGGUUGGCGGAGAGAUUGGUGGUCCCCGCACGGGCUUUCCAGCAGGGGUCAUUGGUGCAAGUGAAAGUUGCCGUCUGUCAGUCUUCAAAUGUGUGUCUUUUGUCAGGGACACGGUCUGUGGUUUCUUUUCCAACCCUCCCAACUGUAAGAAGUCCUUUGCCCUGAACACAGCCUGGCCAGCCAGCAGACCCUGGAAGCCACUAAGUUCCAUCUUUUUCCUUCUGAUAAUAAUGACUGCUGAGACUAGUGCAGAAGUCGCAAAAACAGCCAACAGCGUUCCUCCAGCUUCUGCUUAGCAGGAAAAAUAAGGAGGGUUUGUGCGGGGCUUUGUUUUCGCAAACCAGGGAGAGUGGGGGGAAGUGAGAGUCACGUGCUUUUAAAAGCCUCCGCAAGGCAACACCACCUGACAGUCAUUUUCUCACCUUGGUCUUAUGAAAUCACCUAGUUCUUGUGUGUACGUGUCACACCGUUUCCUGUUUGUUUACAGCCCCAGAAGGGCAGGGGUGCCCGUCCACACCCCACAGCUGAGCACCCCACACAGUCAUGCUCAAGAGAUGCAUGCUGAGCCAGGGACCUGAAAGGAUGCUGACCACGAGAGAUACAGGACAAUGGUAGUGAAAGUAGUGGGUCCUCUGGUUAGCAGCGGCUCCACACUCAUGGGACAGUGUUAGGAAGCAGGCUUGGAAAUUUUGUCUCAAACUGCUGUUAACAACACCCCUGCCCUGUCUCAUUGAGCCAGUGCAGCAAACCUAAAGAAAGCUGUUACUUUCUGCUGUUAGAAUAACCCAGGAAGUCAGGAAAGGGUGCUGGAGACAUGCGCAGAUGUGGCGUUCUAGAGAUGGUGUCUCCUGCUGUCCCCAGGAUACUACAGUACCAAGACUCCAGGGUCAAAAGCCUGUAUGGCUCAGCUUCCUGCACCCUCAUUCUUGUGGUCAGGUGUCAGUCAACAAACACAGAGGACAUACUGAGUGAUUAAACAGCCUUACUGUCACCCUCCCCGGAAGCCCACAAGUUCCAAAGAUUUUUUUUUUAAACCUAAAACAAGAAAUUAACUUAUUUACUCCAAUAGAAGACCGGAAUAUCUUGGGCUAUUUGUACUUUUUUAUAGAGAACUUUAAUAACUCGAUUCUUUUAAAAAAAAUGAGUUUUUAAAAUUAAAACUAAUACAAAUUUCAUAAAAAUUCCAAUUCCACGAAGCCUAUAGGAAGAUUUCAUCCAGGUUGGAUAGAGUACCCAUGGCCUGUAUUCCCACUGCAGGAUUUCCCCACGCCAGUGAGGUCCGCUGGUGUCCAUACUGGAGUGGCUGCUGGAGGGGGUUCUCUCUCUUUUUCAGUAGACACUAAGGACAGCUGCCUGAGGUUUAGCCAUCUUCCAACUGCAGGGAAGAUGGCUUUAUAGCCCCCGCCUUCCCAAUGCAGUCCAAGGAGAGCACUCUUGGGGACCUCUGGGACUCCACUCUGUGCUCUAAGGGUCUGUGAGCAGGAUGGGGCGCUUCUUCCUUCUCCAACUUCGUCCACAGUUGCUUCUGGUCCCUUAGUCUCUCGUACCUGGUUUAAAAAAAAAAUGAGAGAGGCCCUAGAAGGAUUUUGCUCAUUGAACAAUCCAAAACCUACUACCCCAAGAAGAGGCAGCAUCGAGUGUGCCGGAGGUGUCUGCCUCCAUGCCCGUGAGUGCGAGUAGACAGAGCCUUCCCUUUCAGACAGCAGCUAUCCAGCCCACUUUGUAAGGACCCCUUUUUUCUAGACGACGACAAAAGGCGGCUUUGCACUUUCUGAUUAAACAGCUUGUGUCUUUUGUCUCCUGCUUAGUUUUAAGACUAUUCUGUGAUCAAAGUUUGUAGAUUUUUGUUAAUAUUUUUGCCUGGAAAAUGUGACUCUCUCCUUGGGAGGUUUAGUAGACUAUUGAAAAUUAUACGUGAAGGUGAUUACUAUUUUGAGCCUAAAGGUUUUCUAAGAAUCUGAGACCUCGUAUCCUGACUGUGAAGGUUUUUCAGAAUGUCUUUUAUAGAUGAUCAGAGAAGCAUUUGAAGUUGUGUUCCCUCCACGGUUUCUGUUUUGUUUUAUGAAGGACGCGCCACGUUCUAAUCUCUCAUUGAAAAACACCAUGCAAAACCCCAAACUGGUUUGGAGGAAGGAGUGAAGGUUGAGGUUUUCCGCCUGAUGAGCCGUAGCGGGCUGUCCACAGCCUGUUACCUAGCGGGUGAGGCGGAUAUGUAAAUUACUGCAUAGUUUUCUUGGAUUUGUGUAACCUCUAAUCUCCGUUUGCAUGAUUCGCUUUGUUAGAUGCAUUCAUUGUAGUUCUGGAAGCAAGUGUGUAUGAAUAAAGAUACUGAUCACUGCUGA